AAUAAGUAAUUAAAUUAAAUAUAUUAAUCAAAUAGAUUUUUUAGUCAUUAAAUUGUAGUUGCUGCAUUAGGAGUAAUGUCAAUAAGAUUUGUAGAUUUUACAAGAUUUAUAGUUGGAGCAGGUAAUGGUACUUUAGCAAUGUAUUAAAUUACAGAAGAUAAUAAAGUAUAUUAUUAUAUUAAAUUAGAUAAAUUAAUUACACAAAACUGAUUUAGGGGGAGCAGUUAAUUCAAUUACAGUAAGAGUAGAUGGUUUAGAGAGUUUGAUAUCAACAGAUAGAGGUUUGAUUUUUAGAUUCAAUACAAACAGUUUUUAGAAAGGAUUGCAUAGUGAAAAUCAUACUGGAUCAAUAUUAGAUAUGAGUUAUCCUCCAGGAGUUUCUGAUAGAUUUGCUUCAGCAUCAGAAGAUGGAACUAUUAGACUUUGGGAUAUUAGUGAAUAUUUUGUAAUUGCUAAAUGUUAAGCUAAUGUGAAUGUUGUUCCAUUAAGUUUAGUUUAUAGAGAUGAAGUAUUAUUAAGUGGAUGGGCUGAUGGUAAGAUUAGAAUGUUUAGAUCUGAUAAUGGUUAAUAAAUUUGGUAGAUUGAUAAUGCUCAUAAAACAGGAGUGACUACACUUUGUAUAUCAAAUAAUUUGAAAUUCUUUUGUAGUGGUGGAGGAGAAGGAGAUGUUAGAGUUUGGGAAAUGAGAACUAGAGAAAUGGUAUCACAUUUAAAAGAACAUACUCAUAAAGUUACUAAAGUUAAAUUGAUUGCUAAUGAAACAUAAUUACUUACUUCAUCUCGUGAUAGAGCCUUAUUAUAAUGGGAUUUGAAAUCUGAAAAAAGAAUUAGUGCUCAUAUAUAAAGAAUGGGUGGUAUUAAUUCUUUUGAUACUGUUCCUAAUACAACAGUUGUUUUUAGUACUGGUUAAGAUAGAAAAAUAUCACUUUGGGAUCUUAAUUAAAGUGAAGUAUAAAGAUAAUUUGAAACAAGUGGAAAUCCAAAAAAAGGUUAGAUUUUAUUAUAAUUUUAGGUGAUGAAUGUUAUUCAAUUUGUCUUUCACCUAAUUUUAAAUAUGCUGUUACAGGAGGAUCUAAUUGUUCUGUUAAAUUAUGGGAUUUAUAAACUGGAUAAUAAAUAUCAGAAGGAUUUGGACAUUCUGGACCAGUCAAUACUGUAUAAUUUGCUCCAGAUGGAAAAUAAGUUAUUUCAGGUGCAUAAGAUGGUGUUGUUAUUGUUUGGAAUGUAUUUUUAUGA